GGCGAUCAAAUCUUAUUACUCAUGUGUUUCUGUUGAAUCAAAAUUAAGAAGCAAAUAAAUCUCCAUCUCAUUUUGACUUCCCUCGGGGAAAAAAAACCCAACUAUAAAUUGGGGGGAGGAGCCGAUCUUGGCAUCUCAUCGGGCGAAGAGAGUCUCAAGGUAAAAGAUGGCUCAAACAAGAAUAGGCCUAGCAGGUCUCGCUGUCAUGGGCCAAAACCUUGCCCUAAACAUCGCUGAGAAAGGCUUCCCCAUAUCUGUCUAUAACCGAACAACAUCUAAAGUCGACGAGACUGUAGAACGAGCUAAGCGCGAAGGAAACCUCCCCCUCUACGGCUUUCAUGAUCCCGCGUCCUUCAUCAACUCAAUCCAAAAACCACGUGUCGUCAUCAUGCUCGUUAAAGCUGGUGCACCCGUGGACCAAACCAUAGCAACACUCUCGACCUUCAUGGAGAAGGGUGACUGUAUAAUCGACGGAGGCAACGAGUGGUACGAGAAUACAGAGAGGAGAGAGAAAGCCAUGGCUGAACUCGGCCUUCUUUAUCUCGGAAUGGGAGUUUCUGGAGGUGAGGAGGGAGCGAGAAAUGGUCCUUCGCUAAUGCCAGGUGGCUCAUUUGAGGCUUACAAAAACAUCGAAGACAUUCUCCUCAAAGUAGCUGCUCAAGUCCCGGACUCUGGUCCCUGUGUCACUUACAUUGGCAAAGGAGGCUCGGGCAAUUUUGUGAAAAUGGUUCACAAUGGAAUCGAAUAUGGAGACAUGCAACUGAUUGCUGAAGCAUAUGAGUUGCAACAAGUGUUCACAGAGUGGAACAAGGGGGAACUCCUUAGCUUUUUGAUUGAGAUCACCGCUGACAUUUUUGGAAUCAAAGAUGAUAAAGGCGACGGUUAUUUGGUUGACAAGGUCUUGGACAAAACCGGGAUGAAGGGAACAGGCAAGUGGACUGUUCAACAAGCAGCAGACUUGUCUAUUGCUGCUCCUACGAUUGCAGCGUCCCUGGACUCAAGAUUCCUCAGCGGGCUUAAAGAAGAAAGGGUUCAAGCCGCAAAGGUUUUCAAAUCAGGUGGUGUCAGCGACAUCUUGAGCAGUGAGCCAGUGGACAAGGCAAAGCUCGUCGACGACGUGAGGCAAGCUCUUUACGCCGCGAAAAUUUGCAGCUAUGCACAAGGGAUGAACUUGAUCAGAGCCAAGAGCUUGGAAAAGGGGUGGGAUCUAAAAUUAGGCGAGCUUGCGCGAAUUUGGAAGGGAGGAUGCAUUAUCAGAGCUAUUUUCUUGGAUCGAAUCAAGAAAGCGUAUGAUAGGAACACAGAGCUACCUAAUCUGCUCGUGGAUCCUGAGUUUGCAAAGGAGAUAAUGGAUCGACAGGGAGCUUGGCGCAGGGUUAUUUGCCUUGCUAUUAAUUCGGGUAUUUGUACACCCGGGAUGUCUGCGAGUUUGGCGUAUUUUGAUACUUACAGGAGGGAGAGGGUGCCGGCGAAUUUGGUUCAGGCUCAGAGGGACUACUUUGGAGCUCAUACUUAUGAGAGGGUUGAUAUGCCUGGUUCUUUCCAUACAGAGUGGUUUAAGAUUGCUAAACAGUCAAAGAUUUGAGGUGAGUUUUUCCUCACUUUAUCAUGUUGUAACCUUAUUCAAAGUGUUACGGAUUAUGUUGUUUACUUCUAUUUCUAUCUAGAGUUUAUUGAUUGUGUGUUGAAGUCUCCAUUUUUUUUUUCUCUUAAUGAAUGUGAUGAAACUCGGAACACUUCAUGUAGUUUGUGGAGAGGCAUAAAGACUGAUUCUCUUUGUUUGGAAUAAAAUCAACUGGUUUGAAUAAUGGGUUUACUUUUUUC